UUGGGUUACAAAGAUAUAUAUCAAAUCUCCGGUGUCUCAGGUGUUUGAACUUUCGUUUAAUUGGUGUGCCAUAGAGAACGAGAUGGAUUUAUUUGGGGAUUUGCCCGAGCCAAGUUCAAAGACGAACAGGAGUGCAACCACUUCCUUGUAUGUUGAUGUGCCAGCACAGAAGAUGGACUCAAGUCAGUUAGCGACCUCUUCCUUGUAUGCUGAUAUGCCAGCCCAGAAGACAGAAUCGAGGGUGUCAGCAGCCAAUGUACAGGUGUCUGGGGAGAAAAGAAAACUGGAUGAGAAUAAUAGCAGUUUGGAAAAGAAACAAAAAACCUUGGUGCGGCACCAUGUUAAGCAUCAUCUAGCUGAGAGACAGGGAGAGAGGGAAGAUAUGCAGGACGCCCACAUCACACUCACCGACUACUCCUCGAUGUUCACAGCUCUACACCCGUCCAUAUAUCGACUUUCCCUCUAUGGCGUAUUUGAUGGUCAUGGCGGAGUGAGAGCUUCUAGGUUUGCAUCCAAGAAUUUGCAUAAAAAUCUGCGAGAUAAAUUCCCCAAGGGUGAUGUCACUGCAGUGGAGAAGGAUAUCAGAAAGGCUCUCCUUGAAGCCUUUAAGAAGACUGAUGAGGACUUUCUGCGGGAAGCAGGCAAGGCGAAACCGGCCUGGAAGGACGGGACUACAGUCAUCUUGCUUCUCAUUAUCAAUGAAACCAUGUACAUAGCCAACAUUGGGGACAGUCAGGCAGUUCUGUGUCGAUAUAAAGAAGAGACAAAUAGCUGUACAGCCGUGUCGCUGAGUGUCCCCCACAACCCCUCAAUAUAUGAAGAGAGAAUGAGAAUACAGAAACAAGGAGGAAAUGUUAAAGAUGGACGUGUAAUGGGGGUACUGGAGGUAUCAAGGUCAAUUGGAGAUGGACAGUACAAGAAACUGGGUGUCACAUGUACCCCUGACGUGAAGAAAUGCCAGCUCACCGACAACGACAGGUAUGUGAUCCUUGCAUGUGAUGGUCUAUGGAAAUGUUUUGAGCCAAAAGACAGCAUUGAGUAUGUCAACAAAAUUCUAGGGGACACCAAGGAUAUAGUGAACAAGUCAUCAAAACGCUCGGAGAAGUUCGAUACAGCAUGUAACAAACUAGCCAAUGAAGCUGUAUUAAGAUUCAGUGGUGACAAUGUGACAGUCCUUAUUCUGGCAUUGACUCACAGCGAGACUGGGACAACUUAGGGCUUUUCAACACUACUCUAUGAAAUAUGACUGAGAGGACUUUUAAAAUGUGCUCUUUUGUUUUUCCUAUGUUCCUUUAAAUUGAGAAGUAGGGUUGAAUAGUUAUACAAAUGAAUUACAAAUGUGUAUUUGUAGUCAGUAGAAUGAAUUUUAUUUGGUGCAUUUUGGUGGUUUACAUGUAUUAGAGAAAAACAGCAGAUUAUAUCCUGAUACACUUACCUUUUGAAAAAGUGAGUCAAACGAAAUAUUAUCCACUGUUAUAAUGAGUUUCAACUACUCCACUAUAAAAUGCAAAGGUUAUCAUACACAGUGCUGAGAAGAAAAGUCAAAUACAUUAUAUCCAGAAUAAUGCCAUUUUGCUAAAAUAUGAGGUAAUGUUUCAAUUUAAUCUCAAUCUCAUUCAAUAAAUAUAUUGCUGUCUUACAUUCAAACUAACAAUUAUUCUCUACAUGUUGUAAGUAUCGAUCAUAUUCCAUAUUCAUACCUACUCUUUGAUAUACGUUUGAAUUAAGAACUAUUUGUUGAAUCAACUCCAAUUCGGAUCAGUAUGCGCAUAAUAUCUCAGACAAGUUCGAUAACCAGCCAUAUCACUUGAGUCACUUGAGAGUUAUCACCCUUUUAUUGUAGGAAUAACCAAAAAUUGGCCAAAACUUAUGAAUCUUCACCAAAUUUGGUCAGAUUGUGUAUGGGCAUAAUAUUUUGGACAAGUUCGAAGACCUGUCAUAUUGCUCUAGUCACUUGAGAAUAAUCAACUUUUGACUAUAGAAUUGAAGGUACCUAAAAUCAUUUUUGUCUGAUCAAUAACAUUAGAAGCCUUUGUCCAAUCAUCACCAAAUUUGGUCAGAAUGUGUAGUCAUAUCUUAGAUAAGCUCGAUAACCAUAUCACGGUAGUCAAUCGAGAGUUAUCGCCCUUUUUAUAGAAAUAACCUAAAACUCGAUCUUCUCUGAUCAAUAGGGUAAGAAGCUUUUGUCCAAUCAUCACCAGAUUUAGGCAAAAUGUGCAGAAUAUCUGGCUCAAGUUUCAUAACCAGCCACGUCGCCUUUGUCGCUCCAGGUUUAUGGACCUUGCAUUGGCAAAAAGUGUAUUUACGCUGACUGCUCUUUAAAUAUUGCUAACUUACAACCACUUCUCACAGAGCUUGGUGUCUUCAAAUAGAACUAGUGUAUUUUAUAAGAUUAAACACAUUUGCUGGCUGUUAUAAUGCAGUUGCCCAAAAAUGUAUUUCUAAAAGAUGUUUUGGAAUUGAUGACUUGUGUGUUUCUUGUUUGCUGUUCCAUUUAUUUGGUUUGCCAUAACACAAGGUCAUACCUUGCAAGUUUUUGACUAUUGGGCAUGUCCAGCAUGCAGUAAUGGUUUUAUUAUACUUAAUAUAUAGACUUGACAAUAUUUUACCACUAUUAUGUGAGUAUGUUAUCUGUAGUAUUGAUGAUUACUACUGCUGGAUUAAAAUCUAUGUAAUACAUGAUUGUUUGAGUUUUUUUGUUCAAAAUGCAUGAGCGUGCAAAUAAAUCUUGAACCAAUGUCAAUGGACUUCUUAGCUGA